AUGGCCCUAAAUACAUCGUACUUUGGUGAUCCAUCCCUCCAUCCGUCGUCUUUCAUCAAUACUUAUACUAUAAUGGCGAACUAUUAUAGUUCGAAUGGACCCACAUCCAGAUCAACUCUUUCUCGAGAAAGUGAUUCUAAUUCCAUUGAGAAAAGUUCCGAGGAUUUGUGGGGUACACUAUACCCAGCGGGUUCAAGUUCUCAAUACAGUUCUUUUCUUUUCAGUUCUUCAAUGGAUUAUUAUGGAUUUAAAUCAGAGUCCGCAUUACAGACUACCUCAUCAUCUACAGAUGCAAGUAGCACAACAGCUUCAGUUAUUUAUACCGUCCAGGAAACCACUAGCGGAAUCCAUUCAUCUUCAGCCUUACCAUCUAAUACAUUCUCAGACGAAAUAUCUGGAUAUACCAGUUCCUUAUCAGCUCUGUACUCAAGUCCAACAUCAACCAAAAUUCAAAGUUCUGCCUUUGAUUUUCCAUCUUUUAACAGUGAAGCAACAAUUACAACCUCAUAUAACUCCUUGAUACAGCCCAACUCACUACAUGUAUCAAUAUCUAGUGAAAUACCGUCUUCAACCUUAAGCGAUUCACUAAAUUUGGCUUCUUCCUCAGAAAACUCGAUCUCUUCGCUUCCUAGAUCGUCCACAGAAGUGUCAUCUUUAUCAUCUGAAACAGCUUCAUCUGACGCUCAUACAAUAGUCCAGAGUUCAACGCACGAACCGUUCACAUCACCUAAUCAAGUUUCUGUUAGCGAAAGUAUGUCAGAAAGCAGUACUAAUAGCUCUGUAUCCAUACCGUAUACAAAAAUCAAUUCCUUUACUAAAGGUUCUUCUGCUCUAAGGCAAAGUUCGACUACCAGCAUAUAUUCAAGCUUCAAUAAAAAUGUUACAUCUACUGGAAUACAAACCGCCAUAAAACCUUCCUUCCUUCCUACAAGUUUGACACUGGUAAGCAAAUCUUCAUCAGAAUCACACCCCACGUCGUCAGCAACGUCAACAAAGCUAUCAGAUACAAGCUCAGCAGCCUCUCUAAUCUCUCGAUCAACAGUAGAAAUUAUCUCCUAUACGAAUUCUGGAACUGUAUAUUAUGUUUAUACACAGAACUACGACUUCACCGAUGCAACAACCACAUUUGCAACUGGGCUUCCUACAACAAUAACCGUCGCCGAAACUGCAGCAUCAUCUAUAACAGCACUACCUGUUUCUACAAUAACAACAGACGUUUCAGUUUAUAAUAACUGGGAAAAAUCUACGAAGGUAUCCUCCUCAUCUCAGAAAAGUACUACCUCAAUUAUUGGUGGUGUAGUUGGAGGAGUGGGAGGCCUCUUACUGUGUAGUCUGGUAUUAUAUCUGAUUUUGAUUUGGAGACGCAGACGGAAGCAUAAAAAAGAUAUAGAAGAAGAAAGAUUUAGGCGUUAUGUUAACAGUGGAACGGAUUACGAUUCUACAUAUCAAAAGGAGGAGGGUUCAACCUAUUUCAAUAAAAAUCCAUUCAGGAAUGAGUUUGACUUUCAAAGUAGAAUACCUCCUUUGUUGCCAUUACCAAGAAAAAAUGAUAAUGCUAGACAAGAGACAACGCCUCCACUUUUCUUGCAAACAACAAAUCUCGAUAGAAGCUCUUUCAUAUCUCAUUCUUCGGAGGAUAUGACUGACACUCCCGGUGAUUACUCAACCGUUUCAACAACCUCUAUGAGGUUGUGGGGAAGAUAUGACUCUCCGACUACAAAUAAUGCUAGCAAUUCAGAUUCACAAGGAUUUCUACGGGAAAUUUUUUAA